AAUCUCAACUCAAAUUCGUUUUAAUUUUUAUGUUCUUGUAAAAAAUGAAUGAAUAUUUUGUUAAAUUAUUAAAAUAUUUCGUUCAAUACAAUGUGUGGAAUAGCUUGUGUAUUAUGCUGUCAAAAUAGUCCAGAGAAGACUUCUUCAACAGUUGACAAUAUUGUGAAAGAAUCAUUGAAGAGAAGAGGCCCAGAUUGCUCUGACGAACGCUCAAUCUCAUUCGAUACCUGGAAAGGUUCAUUUUAUGGAACUGUCCUGCAUACUCAAGGGUCAGAUCUAACUCCUCAGCCAGUUUACUCGUCCGAUAGUUUACUCUUAUGGAACGGUGAUGUUUUCGACGGUUCUCUAAUUACUGAUAACGUUCGUCACCAGUCUGAUACUUCGAUAUUGAUUCGUUGGCUGGAAAACAAUUCCGGCGAUGUGUUAAAAAUGAUCAAAAUGAUUCGAGGACCGUAUUCUUUUAUUUAUUUCGAUAUGAAACGAAGGCUUUUAUGGAUCAGUCGAGAUGCACUCGGUCGUCAUAGUUUACUUUGGGAUGUUAACGAUAUCUCACUUUUAAUAUGUUCGGUUGGUCAUAAAGAUAUGAACACGUUGCUCGAAGUUCCUGCUGCAGGAGUGUUCUGUUUUGAAUUUGGAAAUGAUUCUAUAACGAAUAUUUUACUCUAUCCGUGGUCUCAUUUCGAUAAAAUUUCAUGGGAUUUACCAGCCACCGUUGUAAUCUCUGAUACUACUCUGGAUUACUUUGAUUUCACUCCGAAAUGGAUCGAAUCCAAAACGUACGAUUUUUUUAACGCAGAAUGUUCGGAAAAUUCUUCACAUACGAUGGAUAAUCUGCUCGAUAAUCCAGUUAUUCUCGAACAAGUCAGUAAAUUGAUCAAUUUAUUAACGAAUUCCGUCCAGAAACGAGUCACAGUUCGAAGAAAUAUUUGCCGGAAUUGUGCUCCGGAUCAGUGCUCCAUUGACCAUGCAAAAGUCGGAGUACUUUUCUCAGGAGGUAUUGAUUCUACGAUUUUAGCUUACCUCGCGGAUAAAUUUGUACCGGAAGAGGAGCCUAUUGAUUUGAUGAACGUGGCUUUCGAUCAGAAAGGAUCGUUCAGUGUGCCUGAUCGUAAAACGGGCUUGUUAUCUUUGGACGAGAUACGUUCGUUGUGUCCUAAUCGUCGAUGGAAUUUUAUCGAGAUCGAUAUUUCUCGAAAAGAACUGGCUGAGAAGCAACAAACACACAUUACUCAUUUGAUCCAUCCUUUGAAAACGAUCUUAGAUGAAAGUUUAGGCAGUGCUUUAUGGUUCGCAAGUCGAGGAGAAGGACAUAUCGAUAAUGUACCCUACACAUCUUCAUCGAAGAUAAUAUUGCUCGGUAACGGAGCCGAUGAACAACUAGGAGGAUACACUCGUCACCGAAACCUUCUCAAACGAACUGGCUGGAACGACUUGGGCAUUCAGUUGAUCAAAGAAACCAUCGAAAUAUCCAAACGAAAUCUAGGACGAGAUGAUCGAAUAGCCAGUGAUCACGGUCGCCAACCUAGGUUCCCUUUUCUGGACGAAAACAUCGUAUCAUUCUUAGCAGACUUGGUUCCAUGGCAAAAAUGUAAUCCUGUAUCGUUUCCUCCUGGAACUGGAGAUAAGCUAUUACUGAGAUUAGCUGCGAUGAAAUUGGGCUUAAGACAAUGUGCUUCUUUUCCAAAACGAGCGUUCCAGUUUGGAUGUCGAAUCGCUAAUUCGAAAGAGAAAGGGGAUAGUUGCAGUAAACGAUUAUAAAGGUGAGUACGAAGUUUCGUCGUUUGUUAUUAUGUUCCCGAGUAUCAUAAUUCAUAAUGAAUAAGUAAUUUCAUCAUUCAUGGAAGAAUCUCGCGUUAAUUCAUCAACUAAUAGAAUUACUUCUCAUGCUGUAUGCUUCAACACCUACCCAGAUGAUUAUGACGUUUACCUAAUUGGAUUUUCAAUAUUCCAGUUUCAACACAAUCGCCGAAAAAUUCCGAAAUUUUUCUUCUACGGUUUGGUUUAACAUAAUUUCACCACUUCUUCGCCGUCACUUCCCCUUAUUCUUAUAUCUUUAUUUCUCAUUCCACAGCAGAGCUCACUGUGAGGCCCAAACCAUAGUCUAUACGAAGAAAUAAGAAAAUAGGUAUCUUCUCGACCUCCCAUCUGGCUUCUGUAACCGUCUUGUUAUCUCUUCGACAUGUCACCAUGUUCGUAUACGUACCUACUAUAUAAAUGUAUAUCAGACCAGUUUAAUUCCCCAUUCCGCCAUGUAUACUAAAUAACAUGUAGGGUUUACCUAUACCUAUUUGCCUUAUUUCACAGAUACUCGAGCCGGGCGCUAAUUAGAAUGACUAAACGGUGUCAUCUUUAUAACCAUAAUAGGCCGGUACUUCAACACCUCACACACAAAAUAUGUAUACGUUCGUCUCCCUUGCCCCCUCGGUCAUCGAUGGAAGCUGCGGUCACCCGUUGACUAAUGACACAUACACAUACGGUUUCAUGUUUUAUAGCCUAAGAAGAGCUCUAGAAUCCUGCUCGAUAAAUGCUAGUUUUUUUUUUAUAUUUUUUAUAUGAAAUGGUGGCAUUUCGGUUAGCUUGUGUGUGAUCCUUUAUUGUGUGUGAUGUCGUGUACUAUGCAGCUCUAUCCUCUCGACUCAGGUUGAUAUGUAUUUUUUUUUCUUUCACUCGAUGCUUCUUCUUCUUCCUUCUGUGUGUAUCGCGUAUAUAGAGAAGCUGGUUUUAAUUAAGACGUAAAAUUGUAAGAUAGAUUAUCUGUGCUUAGAAGUAAACCGGUAACAUCUCGGCGUUUAUAAUCGCAUCUCGGGCAUUAUUUUGACUUAAUUUAUAGUCGUCGUUUUAGCUAUAGGUACUAUUGCUUAUAGUCGUCGUCGUCCUAGUACACGGAAUGUGAGGAAGUAUGGGACUGUUUCUGUAUUUUGCUUCUUCGCUUUAAGCCAGAUAAGUGAUCAGUUGAAAAAUUUUUUCUUAUACGAGGUGAAAUUCUCUACUCUUUGAUUUUUUGUUUGUUUGUUUAUUUGUUCGGUUUGCUCCUUGUGUACGUAUAUAGCAAGCUGCAAGAUAGGUAAAGAUCUAGGUAUGCAUUUUGUGUUUGUGGUAGUUGUUCACUUGUUGUAUGAGAGGCACCGAAGUAGACGUUUUAUUUGUUGAAAUAGCUAUAAUAAUGAAUUUUAUUACGUACAAAAUACUGCAGCUAUUACUUACCUACUCGUAUAUUUUGCUCCGAGUGUACGAGAUGUAGCCUUUCUUUCUCGAGUGUACUUUCAGCUCACAGACUAUAGGUAUAGGAUUAGGUGUACCCCUUCGUUUCAUGUGCAUUUGUGGUAAGAAGUACGAAUACUCUUCGAUCUACUUUUUUUUCAACUUUUUCAGACGUGUGGGUUGACUUUUUUUUUUACUUACCGCAUAAACAGGUCUAUACGUAGUAUAAUAUGAUCUCGUUCGUUUAGAUUUCACCCCUCUUCGUCCUCUUUGCCUUAUGUACAGAGAGAUGAUAAAUUAUACGC